AGCACUCUAGGACUGAGCCAUGACCCCAGCCUCCGUGGGACUCUCUGUAGAGCCUACAGAAGCAGAUCCUAAAGAGGAGUGUCCAGCAAGGUGACCCAGGCCGGCACCGGAGUCUCGACAUUCGCCGUCAGUGUAGCCCAAGGAGGAACUGAAUCGGCUCCCGAACUCCAUGAAUCGACACACCCCUCUCGCCUGGUCGCCACGGCUGCUGCUACCGGGCCUGCUGCUGCUGCUCCUGCCGGACCGCGCGAAAGCCGCUUCCGGUAUAGCCGUGCAGGUGCUCACUAAUGUGACUGGCUUCUUGAAUGAGCCUACCACCUUGUUAUGUAAUCUGAUGUCUGCUGAGAAUGUGACAGUCACCCAAGUAACCUGGAUGAAGAAGAACCCAGAUGGCUCCCGCCCUACCGUGGCUGUCUUCCACCCCACCAAGGGACCCAGCAUCCCAGACUCAGAAAGGGUGAUGUUCUUGGCCCCCAAGCUGGACGGGCAUCCUUGGAAUGCAUCUCUGGUGAUUUCCCACGUGCGAGCCGAGGAUGAAGGCAGCUAUGAAUGUCAAUUUGCCACAUUUCCCACGGGCAGCAGGAGCAACAGUGUCCAUCUGCGGGUGCUUGCCCGACCUACAAACACUGCAGAGGCCCUGACGCCUUCUCCUACCUGGAAGCUGCAGGACUUAGCUAAGUGCAUCUCCACUGGCGGUCGCCCUCCACCGCAAAUUUCCUGGCUCUCGGACCUAAAAGGAAGCGAAACGCGUGAAACUACGGAGCUAGGGCCCCAGCCGGGCACCUUCACAGUCACCAGCUUCUUGUCCUCGAUGCCCUCGAGCCAUGCCGAUGGCAAGAACAUCACCUGCAGCGUGAAGCAUGAAAGCGUCCAGGAGCCGGAGCUGCUACUAGUGACCCUUUCUGUGCCCUAUCCACCUGAAGUGUCCAUCUCUGGCUAUGACGAAGAAUGGCCUGAGGGUCUUACUGGUGUGGCCCUGUCCUGUGACGCUCGAAGCAAACCAGAGCCCACUGACUAUGAAUGGAGCACGACUACGGGUCCUCUGCCCAACAACACUGAGGCCCAGGGCAAUCGGCUCCUAAUCCACAAGGUGAACAAGACCACUAUCAAUAACGUGACCUUUGUCUGCAAUGUCACCAAUGCCCUAGGAUCCGGGCAGAACCAAGUAACCGUCCAUGUUAAAGAGCCUAUGUCGUCAGGCCUAGGCACGGCCGCCAUCAUCUUCAUCAGCAUCGGCAUCAGCAUUGGCAUCUUAGCAGUUAUAGGACUCUGGUAUUAUUGUGUUCGAUCUCGGCGGUCCAGGUCCGAUUCCAAGUCCGAUUCCAGACCCUCAAAGGAAGCGUAUUCACCUGUGAACAACAACAUCAACUCUACCCAGGACAUAGAGAUGAACAGCAUUAAUUCCCAUGACCAAAGAACUUGAAGCUUCAACGACUGGAACCCCACAGACAGAUGAAGAAGCCUCCAGAGAGACUGACUGCCCAGUGUGGUGAUCGCCAAAUGUUUGGGGGUCUCCCAGAACCCUAGUAAAUUCCACAUUGUCAGAAAGCACUCGUGGAGCCCAGUGUGGUGGCCCACACCAUCAUUCCAGCAGGAGGACAAAUGCAAGCUUGAGUCUAACCUGGGCUACAGAGCGAAGCCCGCGCAUACACAGACAAGCAAACAAGCAGGCUUGAGGGGUUGGGAAACUGGAACAAAAGCCGAAGUCUUUCCGUUAAGACAAAUCCUCCACCUCGUGUUGGACCGUGUAGAAUGGUCAAGGAGCUGAAAGACUUCGGCCACUGGGAUUCAACGUCAGGAUCUCUUUAGCGAUUGAGUCAUUCAGGGCUCUCCACUCUCUUGCCAAGGUCUCACUAUGUAGCCAAGGCUAGGCUCAAACUCACAGAGAUCCGUCUGCCUCUACCUCCUGUGCUGGGGUUAAAGGUGUACCACCACACCCUUCUCAGUCUCCCUUUUGAUAAAGUGAAGAACAUAUAUUUAUUUUUUAAAGCUAUAUAGUUUUGUAUGUAUUUUUGAGACAGAGUUUUAUAUAGCCCAGGCUAGCCUCAAGCUUACUAUGUAAGCAAGAAUGAUCUUACUAAUUUAUUCUAACUUAUUUGUUUUCAAGUGUAAACAUACCCCACCCCAUCCCUCCCUGUCCUCUCAAUCCGUUAGUCUCCUUGAUUCUCCCAGGACGCCAUUCUGAUUUAUGUUUUAAUUGCAGAUAUUGUUUUAUUUAACCAUAUAAAAAUCUGUGAACA